AGAGGCUGUGCGGCACAGAGGAGCGCUCGCAUCACAAGGUGACCCUAGCUCCCCACCGCCACCUCCGCGGUCGCCGUCGACAUCACUCUCCGACCACUCUGCGCUCCUCCAUUCGCCCGGCUUCUCGCUCCCUUUCUCAGUCAAGAUCUAUCCGGCUGCUGGGGUCCCUGGGAGCCGGGGGUUUGGAGCUCACUUGGGGCUUCCCCCCUCCCCGCUCCGGAGAGCCCCAGGAUGGAGAACCGAAAGGACAUGGUUAUGUUUCUGGAUGGGGGUCAGCUUGGCACUCUGGUUGGCAAGAGGGUCUCCAAUUUGUCCGAGGCCGUGGGCAGCCCGCUACCCGAUCCAUCUGAGAAGAUGGUGCCCCAUGGUUGCCUCAGCCCGCGAGCCGGCCCUCCGGUGGCCCGGGAGCGCGGUGGGGCAGGUCCUGAGGAGGAGCCGGUCGAUGGACUAGCAGGCAGCGCGGCGGGGCUGGGCGCCGAGCCACGGGCAGCUGGGGCGGCCAUGCUUGGUCCGGGACCCCCGGCCCCUUCCGCCGACAGCCUUUCUGGGCAGGGGCAACCAAGUAGCUCAGACACCGAGUCGGAUUUCUAUGAAGAAAUCGAGGUGAGCUGCACCCCGGACUGCGCCACCGGGAACGCCGAGUACCAGCACAGCAAAGGGCCCAGCUCCGAGGCACUGGCCGGCAGUCCGAACAGCGGCAGCGAGGCCCCCAAGAGCAACGGUCCCGGCGGCGGGGGUGGGGGCGGCUCGCAAAGCACCCUGGCCUGCAGCGCCAGUGACCAGAUGCGCCGUUACCGCACCGCCUUCACCCGGGAGCAGAUUGCGCGGCUGGAGAAAGAAUUCUACCGGGAGAACUACGUAUCGAGGCCAAGGAGAUGCGAGCUGGCAGCCGCCUUAAACCUGCCAGAAACCACUAUCAAGGUGUGGUUCCAGAAUCGGCGCAUGAAGGACAAGAGGCAGCGGCUGGCCAUGACGUGGCCUCACCCAGCUGACCCCGCCUUCUAUACGUACAUGAUGAGCCACGCUGCGGCCGCGGGCGGUCUGCCCUACCCCUUCCCAUCGCACCUGCCCCUACCGUACUACUCUCCCGUGGGUCUAGGCGCCGCAUCCGCUGCCUCCGCCGCCGCCUCGCCCUUCAGCGGCCCCCUGCGCCCGCUUGACACGUUCCGCGUGCUCUCGCAGCCCUACCCGCGGCCCGAACUGCUGUGCGCCUUCCGCCAUCCGCCUCUGUACCCGGGCCCAGCGCACGGACUGGGCUCCACGGCCGGCGGCCCCUGCUCCUGCCUUGCCUGCCACAGCGGCCCGGCCAACGGGCUCGCUCCCAGGGCUGCCGCCGCUUCGGACUUCACUUGUGCCUCCACCUCCCGCUCGGACUCCUUCCUCACCUUCGCUCCCUCGGUGCUGAGCAAGGCUUCCUCUGUCGCUUUGGACCAGAGGGAGGAGGUGCCCCUCACCAGAUAAGGGGUCGCCCGCGGGCUGCCAGCUCCAGGACGCCCGUGGGGGCCCCCUCCCGGGGACUCAGCCAGUGCCUCUCCUGUCCCCAAGAAACUGAAGGGAAAGGAGAGGGCCGCGAACGACAAGCGGGA